GAGGAAGCUGAUGACACGGUAGAAGCAAAGCAAGUGGCCUUCCUAUGAAUACACCUCAGCUCAGGUUUUACAAAGCAUCAUACAUGCAUAGCUAGAUUCUAGAUUGGUCCAAAGAUAGUACACAACAACAAAAGGUUUGCUGGUUUCUCAUCAUUUUUAUGGCUUCUGCUUCCUUCGUUCCAUUGGCUCUCCAGAAUUUUCCCUCCAAAUCCUCCUCAUCCAUGAUUUCUGGAGCCCAAUUUUCUCAGUCUCCCAAAAUUGAUUGCAGGAUUUUCCUUCUCUUCUAUUAGAAACUAAGCUAAGCUAAAAUAGUGACAUACAUCAAAGUCUUUCCAAAUAGUUCAGACAAUUACCAUCAAGCUGUGAACAAAAGAAGCUAAUAGGGAAGAGAAGGAAUCCAAGAACAUCUUCUACUACCUCAUUGCCAAGUUUACACAACUAAAGGAAAACCAAAGAUGGGUUUUUGGACACUCUUUGAGGUGGCAUCCAUGCCAAUCUUACAAAUCCUCCUAAUCAGUAUAUUGGGAGCAUUCAUGGCAACUGAAUAUCUAAAUCUUCUACCUGCCGAUGCUCGAAAAUCCUUGAAUAAGAUUGUCUUUAUGGUGUUCACUCCCUCACUCAUGUUUGCGAAUCUGGCCAAGACUGUUACGCUCCAAGACAUUAUUUCAUGGUGGUUUAUGCCAGUAAACAUCGGGCUUACCUUUUUAUUUGGAGGAAUUCUUGGAUGGGUAGCUGUAAAAAUAUUGAGGCCUAAGCCUCAUCUGGAAGGCCUUAUCAUUGCUACAUGUUCAUCAGGAAACUUGGGAAACCUUCUCCUUAUCAUUGUCCCUGCAAUCUGUAAUGAGGACGGGAGUCCAUUUGGUGAACGUAGUACUUGUAGCUCUGUUGGACUAUCAUAUGCAUCUUUCUCCAUGGCGCUGGGUGGUUUCUUCAUCUGGACCUAUACUUACCAGCUGAUACGAACCUCGUCCAAUAAACUCAAAGCACUACAAGCAGCAACUGAGAAGAUCUCAAAGACACCUAAUAAUGAUUUAAGUGCUGAUGCGGAAACUCAACUUCUCAAGGGAGAAGAUCAAGAACGUGUUGCUAUAAUUGUAUCAUCAAUCAAGUCUAUUGAAGACUCUGAGGACCAAGUAAUUGUAGCCCAGGGAUCAGCCAGUGGACUGGAAAAGGAAAAUUUGUCAUUCUGGACUAAACUAAUUGGAUUUCUUCACCAGAUUCUUGAGGAGCUAUUGGCACCUCCAACACUAGGAGCUAUUGUGGGACUCAUCUUUGGGGCAAUUACAUGGCUGAGAAACCUAAUAAUUGGAAGUGCUGCCCCCCUGCGGGUGAUCCAAGACUCCAUUCAAUUACUUGGGGAUGGGACAAUUCCUUGUAUCACUCUUAUACUAGGAGGCAACCUCACUCAAGGCCUACGCUCGUCUAGAAUGAAGCCGUCAGUCAUCAUUGGAGUGCUUUUAGUUCGGUACGUUCUACUUCCUGCAAUCGGUAUUUGGGUUGUUAAAGCAGCUGCAACUCUUGGCUUCCUCCCCUCAGACCCUUUGUACCGCUUUGUGUUAAUGAUUCAGUUCACCCUGCCUCCUGCCAUGAAUAUUGGAACCAUGACCCAACUGUUUGAUGUGGCUCAAGAAGAGUGUUCAAUUCUAUUUCUAUGGACAUACUUGGUUGCGGCUCUUGCACUCACAGUUUGGUCAACAAUCUACAUGUGGAUUCUGUCUUGAGUGUGCCUUCAACUCAGGUUGAACAUCUCUGACAACAUCAAACUAUAAUGAGAGAGACUCACUAUAUGGAGUAAAAACUAGAAGCCAUUACAAAAUAUUCCAUUAAUUACAUACAUUACAAUUUUAUGUUGUUUUUUUUCUCACUUAUGAAGUCAGCUGUUGAUGUAAGUUAUUGUCACUUGAAAUUUUUUUGGUAGAUUUUAGUUAUAAACUGAGAACUGUAUGUAUUUCAUGUACUCGCGUGUAAUAAGGUAGUGCACAACAGAUCUAGAGGACAGAGCCUGGAUGUAGGCCGUCUGUAUGAAAUAUUCUAUGUUACAUUGUUUUGCUUGGAUUGAAAGUUUGCCUAUAGCAGUUGUUAAAAUUGAAAUA